CCCUCUUCUCCAUUGCGCACUCCACUGCUCCGAGAAAGAGAGAGAGAGAGAGAGAGAGAAACCCUAAGCCUAACCCUAACCCUAACCCUAGGAAAUGCGGGGAGCUCGGCCGCCGUGGAAGGGGGCGGGGGAGGAGGAGGGGCGAGGGGGAGUGGGAGGAGUGGGGGGGAGGAAGAAGGGGGCGGCGGCGGGGGUGAGGGCGUGGGUGGCGGUGGACGCGGCGGGGGAGGCGAGGGUGGCGGAGCUGGGGAGGCAAGCGGUGAUGCGGCGCACGGGGCUCCCGGCGCGGGACCUGCGGAUCCUGGACCCGCAGCUCUCGUACCCGUCGACGGUGCUCGGCCGCGAGCGCGCCAUCGUCGUGGGGCUCGAGCACAUCAAGACCAUCAUCACCGCCCACGAGGUGCUCCUCCUCAACCACCGCGACCCCGCCGUCGAGCCCUUCGUCCGCGAGCUGCAGCGCCGCCUCCGCCACCGCCACCAACAGCAGGAAUGUGAGAUUGAGAAAGGAAAAGAUGAUGAGGAUAUUUCUGCUCGCGGUUCGAGGGCUCUUCCGUUUGAGUUUAUCGCACUCGAGGCAUGUCUAGAGGCGGCUUGCACUUGCUUAGAGAAUGAGGCGGCGGUUUUGGAGAAAGAGGCGCAUCCAGCAUUAGACAAGCUAACUUCGAAGAUAAGUACCCUCAAUUUGGAACAUGUCCGCCAAAUUAAAAGCCGAUUGGUUGCAAUAACUGGGCGUGUUCAGAAGGUGAGGGAUGAACUUGAGCACCUGUUGGAUGAUGAUGAUGAUAUGGCUGAAAUGUACUUAACCGACAAAAUGAUGCAGCAACACCUAUCUGAAGAGGCUUCUCAUUCCUCUCUUAAUGAUCAAAGUGAGGGCAUUGAUGAGGACAGGAUGCGUGCUGAGAUAUCAUCAGAGGAGAAUGAUGCCCCUAGAAUGUACGAGGAUGAGUUGCAAAAUGUUGUAAACGACAAUUCACCGCAUGGUCCCUGUUUAUUCAAUGUGGAGAGCCAUCGAGCCAAUACUUAUAGCACCAAAAGUAGCAACAAGCAUCUCGAUGUCCAAGAACUUGAAAUGCUUUUGGAAGCAUAUUUUGUACAGAUUGACAGUACAUUGAAUAAACUGACCACGCUUCGGGAGUACGUGGAUGACACAGAGGAUUAUAUAAACAUCAUGCUAGAUGACAAGCAGAAUCAUCUUCUACAGAUGGGUGUCAUGCUAACCACCGCAACCUUGAUAGUCAGUGCCUUUGUUGCCCUCGUUGGAAUAUUUGGCAUGAACAUCCAGAUUGAUCUAUUUGAUGAGAAGAAGGCUGGCAUGCCUGAGUUCUUGUGGACAGUGGGUGGCUCUGCGGCCGGGAGCAUUAUCCUCUAUGUGAUCGCCGUCACUUGGUGUAAGCGCAGGCGCUUGCUCGAGUAAAUGUUACUCUAUUUGUAUUCAAUUCAGGGUUGUGCUUCGCAUGCUAAGGUUUUGCAUGUUAUAUUGGUGGAUGCAAAUGUAAGUGUUCUAGAAGAGUUUCAUGUGGUUGUUUGUUUGUUCUGUAAAGAAAUUGAGUUCAUAUGUCGGUCCAAGCAGGUUUACAAUCUAUGUGUAUAUAAAUCAUGUCGGUCCGAGCAGGUUUACAAUCUAUGGUAAAGUUUGUUUGCCUA